GGCUGAAGAGAGCAGUAAUGCUAACUCUGGCAAGCAAGCUGAAGCGGGACGAUGGCGUCAGAGGACCCCGUGCAUCCAAUCCAGCAUCUGAUUCAACUCGGAGAGUGUCAGUUCGAGAUAAAUUGCUUGUUAAAGAGGUUGCAGAACUUGAAGCUAAUUUACCUUGUACAUGUAAAGUGAAUUUUCCCGACCCAAACAAGCUUCAUUACUUUCAGCUAACUGUAGUCCCAGAUGAGGGCUAUUACCAAGGUGGAAAGUUUCAGUUUGAAAUUGAAGUUCCUGAUGCCUACAAUAUGGUGCCUCCAAAGGUAAAAUGCAUGACAAGAAUCUGGCAUCCAAACAUAACAGAGACGGGAGAAAUCUGCUUAAGUUUAUUGAGAGAACACUCAAUUGAUGGCACUGGAUGGGCUCCAACUAGAACAUUAAAGGAUGUUGUCUGGGGAUUAAACUCUUUAUUUACUGAUCUUUUGAAUUUUGACGAUCCUUUGAAUAUUGAGGCUGCAGAGCAUCAUUUGCGUGACAAGGAGGACUUUCGCAGUAAGGUUGAAGACUACAUGAAGCGCUACGCGAGAUGAUGAAGGGCGGCGGGUGGCAGGACCGUGGCUCUCACACCGUAGACUCGUCUUGAACUUCAGCAGCAGCAGCCAAACCAGCCCGGGUUGUCCCAGUCCUGUGUCCAUGUCGUACCGAAGAAGAAAACUAACUCCAUAACCUGUCCCUGCGAAGCGGAGAGGUGGGCCUAGAUGCGGCGAGAGAGUGUGUAUGU